CGGAUUGUUAGUCCGAAGCAUCCCAAAAUCCGUCAAUUUCUUCAUCGGAGGACUCGUAAAAUCUUCGAUGUGGCGAUUUCGGUUCACAAGAACAUACAAGAAAGAGACAUAGAAGUUGGUAGGAAUCUUGGAAACUGGAUUCUUCGUUGGCUUGAUCGGAUGAAACCAGCAGCUCAGAUACGAACUCGACCAGAAUUACCACAUAACCGCAAUUCGAACUUGGACAAGGCAAAGAGACUAACGGAAUUGUCCCGGCCCAAAACGCACACGAACACUACGCAGACUCCUCAAAACCGUGAAUCCGAUAGGCACUUGUUUUCUUCAUUGAAACACUUCCGGCACAAGCCAUUCCCGUCCGUCUCUAUGAUGAUCCAACCGCCGAGACCCAACGGAACUACGACUCAGUACAGACAUUACAGUGGAGGUCUAGCCGGAAGUCUUAUUCAACCGAGCUAUCUUACAAGUGGCAGGUUUGAUGGUGUAAUCAGGAAAGACAUUUUACAGUGGAUAGCACAGAGAUGAAAGAUGAAGCAGCAAAAUCCCAUCAAAGUUCUAAUCUUUCUCUCUUUUUUUAACUUUUAAUUGCAGAAACUGAUGUGAUAGUGGAUAGACUCGGAAGCAAGUAUGUAGAAACCAUGACAAUGUCUUUUUCUUUCUAACGCUUAAAUAAAGUUUCCAUUUACAU